UCCGUACAAUCAGUCAAAGGGAGAUUUUGGUCUUGUGUUAAUUUUCAGGAAAAAAUUAACUAAUGUGGUGUGUCAUUCUUUAUUAAUAUACUCAUUUCGGAAACAUGACCACACCGCAAAGUAGUAUUACAGUAGACUCGUGUCAAUUUACGCCUGUAUUCUUAAUACAAAAUCCUGGCGCCAUUCAGGGAAGAUCUUUUGUGAUUGCUCAAGAUCGUGUUGAGGAACCAAAGCCAGUCAGUGAUAACCUAAAAAAAUUUUAUGAAAGCAGUGGGCUGCUCGAAAACAACCUAGCUAAUACUGCAAGUAAUGUUACUAAACCCCCGAUACUCAAGAAGGCUGAUGGGAAAUUGGUUGGGAACAACUUGAAAUUCGGUAGCUUUUUCCUACCUAAGAUAGAGAACACUCAAAAACAAUAUAUAGCUGUAAAUAAUGUUGUCCUGAAGACUGCGCCAAAGCCGGUGCCACCGGUUCCGGCUCCGGCUCCUGCUCCCGUGAUACACACCACAGUACCUCGAGUGGAAGUUGAUAGGAAGAUUGUAAAGAUGAAAAACAUCCCUACAAAAGUGAAGACUUCUCCAGAACGCAUCUUGCAAUUUUUCCCAGAACGUAUAGUAAAGACUAUAUCAGACCGCCCAGCGCCUAAGACUCGACCUAAAGAAAAUGCAAUUAUCCCUUUGGCAACUAAACAAAAUAAGCAUACUUCAGUGCAAUUAUUGAAAUUAGGUGAAACAUACCACAGCAUCAAUCAACUUAAUGAACACCAGGUGAAGAUGGUUAACCAAGCUCUGAAGAUCUUCAACAAUCCAGCCGCGGCCGCUGAACCCACCUAUGACCCUGUCACUAAUACCCGCUUUAUAUACAAGGUUGUAUCGCCAAGAGAUUUGACUGUAGUUGGCAAAAACAAACUGUUUGUGAAAAACAAUAAAAAGGAGAAGAAGGUAGAAGCAAUCAAAGAAGAAAUAGAGCCCGAAGCUCCCCCUGACGAGGUGAAAGUAACAAGGAGUGGCAGAAAAGUCAAGUUCCCAAAACAAAUGGUGCCAGAGGACACACAGCAAAAACCAAGAAAGAAACGAGGGAAUGUAGUGUCGUGCAUCCAAUGUUCUGCUGAAUUUAGCAGCCUCUACAGACUACAGAAGCACUACGAGAGCCAACCCACACAUAUACCAGCUAAGAUCCACUCCAACCUCUUCCAUUGUCUGUUGGCCAUCGUCAAGAGUGGCUCUGAGGAGGACCAGGCGAACAUGUUCAUACAGCAGUUGGAACAGCUGAUUGAGAAGCUGAAAUCGUUAUUGCCAUGCUUGCUGAAGAAGAUUGAUGGAAGUGAAGGCAACUCGUGCAAUGUUAACGAUGAUAUUGGCAGAUUAUUUGGCAUGAACCCUGGGAAAUACAACCUCAACAUGGAUGCUCUUGCCUGUGUAAAGGACAAGGAUGGGUAUUGCUGCCACAAUCCCCCGCCAAAACAAACUAAUCCUGAUCUCCAGUCCUCACAGUCCUGGCUGGGGCAACAUGAAGACGUCCCAAAUGAGAACGACAACGAAGACUGCGCGAGAAUCAAUGCGGUCGACAAAUGGCCGACGGCAAGCAAAAGACUUUGGAAGAUAAAGAAAAAGAAUUCUGAAAAUGCUAAAAGAAUGCGGCUAGCUUCAGAGAAUGUAGAAAAUGCCGGCAUAGAAUUAGAUGUCGAAGAUCUCAUUAGUUUUACUGUUAAAAAAGAGAAAACAAAUGAAAUGACUGAUUCAAGUGCAAUAACUAUAGUUAAACCUGUUGUAAAGGAAGAAAGCAUGCCAAUUAUACCUACUGAAAUUAUAAGUGACGAUAAUACACAAGAACAGGAGAAUGGUUUACAUCAGAUUGAUGGCAUCAAACAACCAAAACUUCCACAUUUACAAUUCCACAGUACACAUUUUGAUAUACGAUCAUCACCAAUCAAACCGUCAGCAGCUGUGUUCUGCAAGUUUCAAAUUGACCCUGAGAAGAUAGCGCGGUUUGAGGCGCAAGCGAUAAGACCGUUGGAUCUUGACAAUGAACAAACUAAAGUGCCCAAAGAUAUACAGCCUGAGAUUAUACAUUCAGAUCCUAUACAAUCUGAACAAGUACAGACCAAUCAUAUACAAAAUAAUUCUAUUACAGAUGUAGAUAGUGUAGACAUCCAAAGUAUAUUACAAGAUGUAGAUUUAUCAUGUAAGGAUACUAGUGUAUCGCAUGACAUCAAUUUUGAAACUAAAGACUUUUUUAUUAAUUCGGAUAAUGACAAAUCAGAUAAUUUUAUGAAGUGUUCGAUAGAGCCAUCAUUAAUUCAUGUUAAUCAUAUAGAAGAUAAGUUACCACUGAGCAAUGGGAUAGAUCAAACUUUAGACAAUGAUAGUGAUACUCGAUUGUUAAGCCAAGGACAUUCAGUAUUGAACUUUUUGGAGUCAUUGAGCAGUGAUUGCCUAUCCUACCCUGAGACUGAUAUUAGAAAUACAAAUGUCGACUUUCAACUAGAUUUAUUUUCUUUUCACAAUUCGUAGUAGUACAAUUAAGAUGAAGACCUGAUUCCAACAUACACUGUUAGCUAGUUAUAAAGUUGUUACUUCUUUAAACGGGUCGUUAAAGUCAGUGAGUGUCCUCAUCAUGAUCUAAUGAAGCUUAAUGGAUCAUUAUUCUUAAUCACUGCCUGCUUCUUCAACAUAUACUUAUUCAACCACUGUUGAGCACAUGCCUCUCCAUUAUCUUCACUACCCAAAGGUUGACUGGAAGGGAUUGCUUAGCGAUAAGUCCGCCUUUGCUCAACAUAUUCAUAAUGUAUGAUUCUACUUCAUACAUAUGUAUUUUUCUUUUUUUAUGGGCUAUAAAGAUAAUUUGUAUAGAAUUGUAUCUUUCCAUCUAGACGUCUGACCAGCGGGCUAAUGGUCUGCCACUGCCAUUAUAUUUCUUUCCAGCUAUUGGUCGUCAUUCCAGGACAGAUUUGCUCCAUCGAACAUCUCCAUGUCUGCACAUAUGACCCAUGCCUACUUAAGUUUACAGUUUUUUUUUACCUUACUGCAAAGCAGUGACCUACGUCCACUUGCGCUCGUGAAUGACGAUGUUACGGAUUUUGUCUUGGAAGAGAUGUACCGAGAAUACUCGUUCCAUGGCUCGUUGGGUUACCACCAGUCGGUUAUCAGAUUAAAAAAAAACUUUAAAGUUACCUCCUUUUAAAACUGCAAGGUAUUUUAUUCUUUAAAGAACAUUACCGGACAUGACAGUUAUUUUAAAAAUAGCGCCAAUAAAUGAAGCAAUAUACAUUACCAACUAUGACUUUUUAGCAGGAUUUAAAUCAGAACGAAUGACGUUAAUGGUCUGUCCCCUCAACGGCCCAAUUGAGUUAACUUUACUCAGUUGAUCACUUUUAUUCUUGUCUUGUGACCUGCAGAUUUAACAUGUUAAAAUUUCUGUUAAUUUAAAAUGGUAGAUUAGCUAACGCCUGGUAAAUAAUGGUGGAAUCAGGUCUUAGUAUAAAAGAUUUAUAUGAAUUAUUAUUAAGAAUAAUUUUAAUAACUAUUUUUAAUUAGA